UUUUACCUUUACUUUUAGUUCUCAGUAUUCUGAUGAUCCCAAGAGAGCAAAGACUAUACUGAAAAGCAGGAAGUUGAAGUGAAGCAUCUCGUUCUGUCAUACUCUUCGUCUUCGACAAAGAACCAAACCAGGAAGUGGAACCCUAAAGACGAAUUGUAGAUCCUUUAAAGUCGUUACUACUUGCUUCCAUUUGUGUUAUUUUACGACCGUCCAUCGGACGGGUGCUGCUUUGUUUUCAGAAACCGUGGGAACUUCAUGGGAGAUGUUCAAAUAACUAGUCAGUUGACAGAGAACCUGUGACAAGCUCACAGAUCGUAUAUAGGUCAAGCCUGUUUGGUGCUGUAUGAGGGGAGACACCGCACAGUUUCUGCAUCUUUUUCAUUGGUCAACCUAGUUUUUUUUAAUCCAUGGUUGGAUCGCAUUUGGUUCGGAGGGAUUUCAUCGUCCGCUUUAGUUAUUUCAAGUUGGCGAAAACGAGAUUAUGAUCGGAAGUUACUCCAGUUUACCUUCAAAACAAUCCCUUUAAACGCUUACUUCAACCUUGCAGAUCCCAUGCUCUUUGUGUGCUUUGUAGUGUAAGGUUACCCAUUGCUCAUUCACACAAUUUACGUUAUUAAAAUACUUUAUCAGGACACGGAAUUUAAAAAACGAAAACCCGGAAGUAGGAUGUGAUGUCGUUGUGUGUAGCCUGACUAAAGUUGUGGUCUCGGGAUCUGUUGACGGUCCUGUUCUCCGGGUUUUCCUGCUUCACAACUGAUCAUGGAGCUCGUGCGGUAUCUCGGCAGCACACGCGCCGCGUCUGUCCGUUUUAGCGCACCUUUUAGACACGCCGGAACCAGCAGGUAGCCAGGAAAGUGGGUCAGCGCCAUGCGGUCUGAUGUGGAGUACAGCCCGGUGGGAGAGGGGCUGGGAAUGCGGGACUUCUGGCUGUACGUGUGGCUCCGGAGGGCGGCUGUGAUAGCGGCUCAUGUCACCGGCAUGGGCCUGACCCUCAUCAUCUCCCUGUUCUCCAGACCUGGAACCAGUCUGUUUUCUUGGCAUCCAGUGUGUAUGUCUGUCGCAGAGCAGCAGUCAUAUGAUCAGACUGAAAACAAAACCUAUCUGCGAGAGAAAACAAAAUACUGCCUGUGUAUGACUGAAGGCAUCCUCCUCUUUUCGGCUGAGGGAUCUCCCUUCUGCUUCAAAUCUCGGAAAGGUAAAGUCCGUCUCCACUGGUUCUGUCAAGCUCUGGUCCUGAUAGCUUCGGCCACUGGGCUGGGCUUCAUGGUGGCCAGCAAGAAUGUCUCAGAGCGCCCCCACCUGGUCACCUGGCACAGUCUGCUGGGUGUCUGCACCCUGGCUGCCACCGUACUCCAAGCGGCUUGCGGUAUCUGCAUGACCUGCCCCAAGCCGCUGCGCCUCUCCUCCUCUCUGCCCAAACUGAAGCUGUACCACGCCACCUGCGGCCUGGUGGUGUACCUGCUGGCCACAGUGACCGUGGUGUUGGCCAUGUUCUCAGACUGGUUCCAGGCCACAGUGAAAGGGGUGGCCUGGUGGGCCUUCCUUGUGCUGCCCUUCUUCCCUGCUCUGGUGGUGAUGAACCAGAUCACUAAUGCCUACCUGCCCCGCAAGAAGCUCACCAGCUAGGAAGCACAGACGAUGAUUCACUUCAUUCGUUCAGUGGCCUUUAGGAGCCGAUUGUCCACAUUGUUAUUUGCAGGUGAUCAGAUCGGGUUUGUAUGUCCAGACAUCAACGUCCUAUCUACAUGGGUUGCUGUAGUUCAGAUGUAAGCGUCAGUAACUAAGUAUCUGGACUAACCCUAACUCUGGAUUUUACAUGGUUGUCGUGUUGCAAGUGACUCAAAAGACCUUCUCAAAUCUGAUUUGAGCCAGAGCAGGCACAUCUGCAAAGAUCUGGCUGGAAUCGCAUUUCAUGUGUUUUUGUGUCUGUCCAGACUUUCUAAAAUUAACCUGGAUACAGUCUGGACAUACCAAAAAAACAAUUUGAGCUGGCAGACUGAAGAAGGCCAGAGAGUUAGAAAAUGAGAUGAAACACCACAUUUGAUUUUGAUCAUUUUUGCUCUUCAAUGAUCAGUUUGUACUCUUGAAUUGACUUUUUGCCUGCACAAAUUUGUACUUUCAAAUUAUUAGUUUGUGCACACAUCAUAUUCAUAUUCUUAUCUCGAAUGUGUGGCAUUAUUUUAUUAAAUGCUGCCCCUGAUACCUCCUGCCCUUCUGUACUCUACUGCAGCUUAAAACACUUCAACUUUGGCAUCCUCAAGCUUCGACUCCUGCUGAAACAGGAAACACAGAGGAAUUUUCAAAGACUUUGAUGACAGCACAAUAUGUGUAUUACCAUGUCAGUAGAGGAUGGUUAUCCUGACAAACUCCUGGAGUCAACUCCAGAGCAGGAGCUGGUGGGCUCCUCUGAACUACUUCCUCUUCAGGGGAUUUAAUAUUUGCACUACGUAUGCAGUGAAAGUUUAAGUCUUACACUGUAUAUAGACUGGUUUGUGAAGGGAUAGAGGCACCUACUGCUCUUAGACUGAGCUUCAGCGAUGAAGGUGCUGUGAAUGAUUCUACACCAGCCUGUCAAUUCUAUUUAUUUAUUCGUUUAUGGUAUUUGUGUGUUGUGUCGGUUUUGGCUGCUUGCAGGUGCUACAUGAAGCACUUUAGCAUUAAAGCUCCAUCAGUCAGUUUUUUUAAUAUAAACACUGAAUCUAAUGAUGCUUUAUCGAGUGAAAACAGUCACAUUAACAAAUCAGGAAAAAAUCAUCACCCAGCUCUGCAGCCUAUUGUUUUGGACUCAUAUUUGUCAGGUGGACACAAACAUAACUCCAACUGAAUGCUAACACUGAGUGCAGAUUGAUGGGCAAAAAUGGCAGCUACAUCUAUUUGCAUUUAAAGCUCCCACACACAAAGAGUGAAGGGGUACUAGAUACUUUCUGAAGCUGAAGCUGCUGAAUGUAGCACCUCUGCCUCAUGAGCUACUAUUAUUUUUGUCCCCAUGUACAUGCGACUCCUUUCUGUCUUUUAUGAUCUUUACGUUUUGUUUGCUUUUGUAAUUGGUAGGAAAAAUAAAUGUACAACUUUGUGAUACAGAGCUUUAUGAAGCUUUGGCCAAAGCUGAAUAAGGAAGAUCUCUCUCCACACUCUGCCUUGUUCCUCUGUGGGUCAACGCUGGCUGUACACUCGUCUGUUUCUCUGUCACUUCCACUUUCCCACGCUGUCAAAUCCUUCCAUCCGCAAUCCAGACAUCACCAUAUCUAACCACAUGAUCUUUCUGCCUGCUUUCUGUCGCACAUCCAAACUGUCACCACUAUAACCUCCAUGCUGUCCAAAGGUUUCCGUCAACCACCUGCUGACUCUGCUCCAUCACCCACAGCAUCUAAACUCAGAGGGAUUCUAUCCUAUCUCCUAUCUUCAGAUGUUUCGCAUCGAUAGAGUCCAAACACCAAGGCUCUCUGCUGCUUACCUUUACACAUCUUGUUAUCCACUGUCAUUUCUUCUUAUUGAACAUCCAGCCAAGAUGUCAUCAGUCAGUCCCUCCAAGUUAAACCAGUUGUAUCAUGACUUGCACAAGCAGAGCAUGCAAUACUCCCCAAUUCAAAUCUCACCAAACAUUCCUACCUAUCUCCAGCCAUUUAAACCAUCAAACCAUUUGAUACUACAUACUUGCUGAGCUUGUUGGGAGUGCUGCAUGGCAUGGGAGCAAGGACUUCCUGACAGGCUGAAAAAAAGAGAGGUAAAAACUGCCCAAGCAGCCAGCACAAACAAACAUCUUUGCUUUGCUUUGCAGUUUUCCUGAAAAACAGCUGCAGAUUGUGUUGUUUCAGGUCACAAUAAUCAGAACAACACUUAGUGAGAGCCUGGUGGAAAAGAAAAACAUGGUCUAUUUUAAAAUGGAGUUAGAGAAUGUAAUGGAAAGUGAAGUAUUAAUACACCUCCCAGGACUUCAUUUCUCAACUGGAUUUGACAUGUUGGCUGUCCUACAGUAUAAUCAGUGUUUCUACUUGAUGUUUUGUUGUUUUCGUUUGAUGGUGUUUUCUUUACUGUUAGCAGUUUUCAAUCUGGUUUCACCCCUGCAUGUAAAGCAUGUUAAUGUGGAAAACACACUUUUAAUCUUUGUUAAGUCAGAUUUUCCUCAAUGAAAUAGUGGAACUACUGGAAUUGUGUAACUUACUACUGUAGAAAUCUUUGACCUUUGAACUUAUUUGUCCCCUCAUUAAAUAGUAUGAGCAUACUGCUUCAUCCUACUGAGCAGAAUUGGCUCACAGAGAAAUGUGUUCUCUGUUCGAGUUACUACUCAGGACUUUGUUGUAUGUUCCUGUUCAGAGUUUAUGAUGUUACCAGAAUGGAGACUGUAGAUUUGUAUGUCUGAACCAGCAGGUUGCUGCCUGAGAACCUUCUGCAAUACUCAAAUAAAUAUAUUUGAAUUUG